AUGAUGGGUGAAAAGAUACUAGAAGAAAUAAGCCGUAUAACAGUAGAAAAGUUCCCUAAAAUCCCACUCCAAAUGAGAGCAGAAGCAGAAGAAACGAAUACCUUAACAAGAGCAACAUUUGCUGAAGCACUAAAAACAUCAACAUCUGCUAUACUUCUGGUACUGGACGCGACGGGGUGUCGGGACCCACGAAGAGAGGCAGCGUCUCCUGACGCUGCGUCGACGGCUGCCGAGUGGGCGCUGGACAAGGCGCUGCGGUGUCAGACUCCUUGGGGGUGCCCAAGGAAAGCGGCUGCAGGACAGGUUGCACAGCCACCGCUUGGGAAGGCGGCCCGGCUGAGGGGUCGACGUCCAUCAGCUCCGAAGGCGGUGGCGACUGAAGAGGGACUGCAGGCGCCGGAGCGACCACCUGGGGUGCUCCCGGAUGAAGCUGCGCGGGAGGCAUCAACGGGACGGGCUGUCGGCGUGGUAGCGGCGACGGCUGCUGCUGCUGCUGCUGCCCUGGGGGCGGCAGCUAAGUCGGAAGGCGCGGCUGGCACCCGCCGCGGACCAAAUCUGUGGACAAAGAACGAGCGGCAGAAUCCGGGUGGCCAGCGCGGCGCAACUGGUUCUGAUGCCUCCUGUGCACCCCAGUAG